AUGGAUGAUGAAACUAGUUUGAUUGGUGAUUCAAAGCUAUCAGAAUUAAGCAUUCUAGUAUGCAAAUUCCCAAAGAAUUUGUGUUAUUGGGAGAAUCUUCUAAAUCACUUGUUAACCAAAGCCCAACCAAUAUCAAAAUCAAUAGAUAAAGACUUGUUACAGCUAAUAAGGUCUACAUACCAAUCUCUACUAUGGCAAUUCCCCUUUCUAGAGAAUUAUCACAUUGAGUAUGGUUUACUAGAGUUCAAACUGGGCAAUUUUGAGAAAUUCCAUGCGAUAUUCGAAAACGGACUCCAAUACUUUAACAACAGAUCUUUACUAAUAUGGGUCGAAUAUUUGAGGAUAUGCAAUAAGCUAAUAUCAAAUAAUAAACAUCUCUUCCAAAAGUAUGCUUUUGCAGAAUCGUAUAUUGGAUUACACUUUUUUGCUGGUGAAUUUUGGAGUAUGUACCUUGAUGAGAUAAAACUACGAUGCAAAACACCUCAACAUUACAUUAGAACACUUAGAAAAGUCAUAGAGAUACCAAUGUACGAGUAUGCUAAGUUUCACAAUAUGUGGCUCCAAGCUAUUGAUGAUAUAAGGGACCUUUCUCAAUUUAGAUAUUUUGCAGAGGAUGAAGAUUUGUGGAAAAAGCUCAAAAUAGACACAACACUACAGGGUCGUAAAGGUCCGCAUUUACAAGCGGCAAAAAAAUCACUCCGAAAAAUAUCUAAAGAACUCUUCCUUGUGGUACACUAUGAAGUAAUGGAAAUUUACGAACUUUUUGAAAGUAAAAUUCAGAAAAGAUAUUAUAUUUCAGCAGAAGAAUUGAUACCCCGUCAAGAACUAGACACAUGGAUGAGAUACUUCGAGUACGUCAAGAACAAGAAAAUACCUGAUUUAAUUCACAUUCAAUUUCAGCGUGCAGUACUACCUUUAGCGCAUUAUGAUAUAAUAUGGCUGCAAUAUGCAAGAUUUUUGGUAGACGAUUUGAAUGAUUUGACAGCGGCAAAAAACAUUCUGUUACAGGGACUUUCUUUCGCACAUAAACGUUCGAAAAUUAUAUCUAUGCUUUCUGGCCUUCUCAUCAGACUUGGAAAUAUUUCAGAACUUCAUCAGCUAUAUGAAGAUCUUCUAAAAGCAUUUUCAAACGACUUGUCGUAUUGCGACGAUUUUGAGAUAUUUGUUGACUAUAUUCAGUACAAUUUGUUCUUAAGUUCAUCCUCUUCAAAAAGUAGAUAUAGCGGUACGGCAGAUAAUAUUGAACUCUCUGACUCCUUAAAAGACACUAUCAUUAAAAGGGUCGAUGUGGAAAAAGAUCAUGAUAGGCAAUAUGUUCUCUUGAAUCUCGUGAACCAAAUGUAUACACGUUUUCCAACUGCAUUAGUGGAAGAAAAAAUUUAUCAGCAUAUUAUAGAAAGAAGACUAGAACAGUACAAAACGAAUCCUAAAUUUUGGUACUCUUAUUGUUAUCUGAUUUGGUUUGAUAACAACUUAUCUUAUUCGAGAAGGAGAAAGCAGAUCCUUCACGAUAUUAUUCCUAAAGCUGUAAACGGCGGUGAAAUUGUCAUCAGUGAACUUCAAAAAUUCCUGUCAAAUUAUUUACCUGACGAUCUAGAAUCGUUUACACAAAAAUACCUACCUGGAACAAAUACACAAUAG